AUGGUUUUAUCAACUUGUUGUCGUCGUUUGUUGGUGAUCACGUUGCUUGGCUGUCUGGUCGGUGUGAAUCUUUUGUUCUAUCGAUAUGACGAUGAAUCUGCUUUUUAUCAUAUUCAAUCCAGACCUUCGUACAAGCCAGGUCAUAUGGGUGAACCGGUGGAGUUCAAUCGGACAAACAAGGAGAUUACGUCAUUAGUACAAGCGAGCAUCGAACAGUACGGCUUCAACGAGUACGCAUCGGCCCUCAUACCUGUGAGACGAACAUUGCCCGAUCUUCGACAUACUGAUUGCAUUGCUGAUCACCGGAAGCUUACGGCUCUUCCCAGAACAUCGAUCGUGAUCGUGUUCUAUAAUGAACCGUGGUCAGUUCUUUUAAGAACCGUUCACUCGGUGCUGGAUAAUACUCCGGGGCAUCUCAUCGAUGAAAUCCUCAUGGUUGACGACUGUUCUUAUCUGCCAAACCUCAAAACGCAACUGGAGGAGUACUUUCGAACGACCGACAAGGUGCGGAUCAUCCGCGCAGCCGAACGUGUGGGGUUGAUUAGAGCACGCAUAAUCGGGAGCAAGAACACCACCUCAUCGGUACUGACCUUUCUCGAUGCGCACGUCGAAUGCACAAAGGGGUGGUUGGAGCCAUUGUUGCAACAGGUAGCCCACAACGAGACCACGAUCGCAGUGCCCUUGAUUGACCGCAUCGAUGACAGUGACAUGCAUCUAGUUACCAACGUGUCGCUUGAUCUGCUGGGAGCGUUCGAAUGGGAUCUCAACUUUGGCUGGUGGUACCGCUCAACGUUUCCCAAUCGAUCGAGCAACGCUUCGACGCCCUUCGAAUCACCUGCAAUGGCCGGAGGACUGUUCACCAUUACUAGGCGGUUCUUCGAGCGACUCGGCUGGUACGACGAGCAAUUUCGCGUGUAUGGAAUGGAGAACGCAGAGCUAUCGAUCAAAUGCUGGAUGUGCGGAGGAAGGAUCCUAUCGGUGCCUUGCUCACACGUGGCACACAUCCGGAAACGGGCUCAUCCGUUUAUCGACGAUGGGCAUCAGAAUGUGACGUUCGUGAACUCGAUUCGCCUAGCAGAGGUGUGGAUGGACGAGUACCGACAGAUCGUGUUUGACGUGAACGGCAUCCAGGGCUACUCGGAAGCCCUCUUCGGGUCCGUAAGCGAUCGUAAGGAGCUACGAGUCAGAGCACACUGUAAACCCUUCCGGUACUACCUACAGCGGGCCUACCCUGAAAUGCCGUCGCCCAUAGUGCAGGGACAGUUUCGAGGUGAGGUUCAUAGUGCUGCCCUCGGCAAUGGGACGUGCUUGACUGUGAUGGAGACAACCAACUCCGUUCACAUGGCUCCUUGCGACAUCCGACGACAGAGGGAGCAAUACUGGACGCACAAUUUCUACCGAGAACUGAACAGUUACAAGCGCUGUAUCGAGGCUGGUUCCUCGGGGACCGAUCUUCGGUUGACGGUGUGCCACCGAAUGCGAGGUGCUCAAUCGUGGAGCUACAAUGUACGUCAUAUGCAGAUACAAAGUCUCUCCAAUCAGCAGUGUCUCUCGAUCGACACCACGUCAGGUGACGGAGCACUGAAGCUGGAAACUUGUGAUGAACAGACUUUCUUCCAACGUUGGCAUGUGGCGCUAACAGAGUAUACAUUUUGGUAA